CGGAAGGCAGCAGUGACAUGUCACAUGGCGCGCUAUCACUAAUCCUGUAACAGAAGUAAUUGUUCAUUGCGUUAGUCGACAACCCACCACGAACAGCUCCCAGACACAACAAAAAGAUUCACUCCGCCAUGAAGACAGUCAUUAUAUUAAUAUCUGCACUGAAUUUGCAUUGGUCAGGUAUCGUCGACGGGGAAGAACAGAAACCGCUGUCUCUACGGCAGCCUCAUCCCUCGGUCACCUCACCCGAAGGAAGGAACCCUAAAAUCAGGUGCCUGGUGGAGAGGGAUCACAAGGUCGGGAGGCUGGUACUAUCCUGGUACAAGAAGCCCCCCGGUCAGGGCAUGCGGUUCGUUUUAAGCCUUCGGUACAAAUCCAAAGCCAGCUACGGAGACGGGUUCUCAGAGAGGUUCCUACCUGAAAUCGACGAGGACAGCAACAGCUUCAACCUGACCGUGGGGCAGAUCGACAAGUCUGACGCGGGGGUGUACUUCUGCGCUGUCUGGUAUUCUAACAGAUAUAUCUUUGGGGAAGGGACGGAGAUCGUCGUUUUAGACAAGCAGCCCCCGCCUCAGAAGCCCUCUCUCUAUAUUUACCCACCGUCUCAAAAAGACCUGAGGGAGAGGAAUUUGGCCACCGUCUUGUGUCUGGCGAGCCGGUUCUCCCCGAAGCCGGUCCGGGUCAGCUGGACGGUAAACGGCGCCGAGCCCGCGCUGCCCGGCUCGCAGGUACCGGAGCCGCUCGAUAACGGCGACGGCACGUUCACGGCGUGGGGUCUGCUCGAGCUGAGCGGAGAUGCUUGGCACGAGGGCGCGGUGGUCACCUGCCAGGUGGAGCACGAGAGCAUAAGCGCCGAGGAGACUCUCACGAGAACGACUGAGACGAAGAACAAACGCUGUAAGAAACAAACGGAUGGGAACUGGACUGAAACUUUUGACAACUCCACAGAUUACAGCAACUCAGAUGUGGAGCGCCUGGGGGAUAUUUUGGAGACGGCCUCCUGUUGCUACACGAUUGCAUCAGUUCUCAGUGCUGUCUAUGGGAUCGUGGUCUCUGCUUACGUCUUCAAGGAGAGCCAAGAGGCACAAGGGAGGAGAUCUGAACCCAAACCCAAACCCAAACCCAAUGCCAAACCAAGGGGCCCCACAGGGAACUUCACAACCCACAGGGGGAAAGCUCCAGCCGUGCCAAGAAUUUAAAAUAUACUGUCUUGCUUAAAAAUGCUUUUUUUGUG